UAUCGUCUGCUGCAACACAGACGGGCAGCUGUAAAUACAACACGCAUACACGUAUAUUGCCUAUUUAAAAUUCAUAAAUACUAGCAUGCUUACCAAGGUCCUCGUUGGAGCUGUUCGACUGCAGCGAAACACUAUAAAUUGCAUUGUAACGGAUUAUUUGAAGCUUACAAGCUGCCAGUUGUCCAAUAUCGCACACCACAGCAUGACUCGUCCCAAGGUGUUCGUUACUCGAGCCGGCUUGCCCGAAGCCGGAUUGAAAUUGUUACAAGACGAAUGUGAUGUUGACAUUUGGGAGAAAACGAAUCCAAUACCUAAAUCGGAAUUGAUGGCCAGAAUCAAAAAUGUGGAUGGAGUACUAUGUUUGUUGACUGACAAAAUCGACGAUGAAGUUUUAAAUGCUGCUGGUUCAAAGCUUAAAGUUAUAGCAACCAUGUCUGUUGGAGUUGAUCACUUGGAUUUGAAAGCAAUCAAAUCAAGAAAUAUCCCAAUUGGCUACACACCAGGUGUUUUAACAGAUGCUACUGCUGAAUUAACCAUGGCUCUUCUGUUAGCUACUUCUCGAAGACUCAUUGAAGCUAAUAGAGCCAUUUAUAAAGGAGAAUGGGUAUCUUGGUCCCCAACUUGGAUGACAGGUGGAAAACUUUCUGGUUCAAAUAUUGGUAUUGUCGGUUUAGGCAGAAUAGGACUAAGAGUAGCAGAAUAUUUGAAGGGUUUUGGUGUAGCAAAAAUUCUGUACACUAGUCGUACUGAAAAACCAGCAGCAACUGCCAUAGGUGCUGUGCAUGUCGAUCUAGACACUUUGUUAAGAACAAGUGAUUUUGUAAUUGUAACAACAGCUUUGGUGCCAGAAACAAAAGAAUUAUUUAGAAAAGAAACAUUCGAAAAAAUGAAAAAUACUGCUAUUUUUAUAAAUGUAAGCAGAGGAGAAGUUGUUCAUCAACCAUCUUUAAUUGAAGCUUUAAAAAACAAUAAAAUUAGAGCUGCUGGAUUAGAUGUAAUGACACCUGAGCCAAUACCUCUGGAUAGUGAAUUGUUAAAACUAGAUAACUGUGUUAUCACACCUCAUUUGGGAAGUGCAUCAAUAGAAACUCGCGCCGAAAUGUGUGUCAUAUCUGCAAAAAAUGUUCUAGCAGUACUUCACAAUAAGCCUGAAGAAAUGCCUGCUAAGUACAAUUACUGAAGAUAUGAGAUUUAAUAUUAUUUAGAAAUUAUUUUAUUGAAAUUUAUUCUUGUUUAAUGCUUGAAAGUUAUAAUGUAAAGAUAUUUAUAUACAUAUAAUGUAAAGAUAUUAUAUAUACAUUUAUAUAUUUAUA